UUCCGAAAUUGCGGGCAAAGAAGAAAGGGUUUUGCAUUUGAGAGAAGGGCCACAGUUUGGUGUUAUAAUUUAUUCAGGGCCGCAUAGUACCUCAUAGAACAGAAUCUAGGAGUUUGAGAACUCAAAACUACUCGCCCUGGCCAUCGCUUUGAAAGUCGAAAUUAGAAAUUAAUGAAGUUUCCUUCUGGUUUUUGGAUUGUGGACGUUCUGGAGCCCGAGUCAGAGAGAGCUGCUCAGGGCUCAGGAAGAAGAUGCAGGCCAGCCCCAUCCGCAUCCCAACCGUCAGCAAUGACACCGACUGGGACUCCUGCUUCCACCUGUAGGUCACAGCAAGCCAAGAUCCCAGCAUACCAGCACAGAGAUGAACUGUGUUCCUCUAGUGGGUCUGGAGAGAGUGAAGACGACACUGAAGCCAAGGAGGAGGUGGCCGUCGGCUGCAUGUCUCUUCCUAAAGACAAACUGGCCCAAUCCCAGAAGAAAAUAGCUCAGCUGAUUAAGAAAAAAAUGAACAUCCAAGCAAAUAAGGAGCUGAUUCGCUGUGUCAUCCUUUCUCGGAUUAUUUUUGGGGAAGAACACUGGAAAUGUGCAGAGGCCUUGGCCAGCCUGGCUUAUGGCUACCUGACACUGAGAGGCCUCCCAGCUCAAGCCAAGAAACAUGCUGAAUCUGCCAAGACCACGCUGCUGAUUUGGAAGGGAAACACGACCUCAAGCAAGGAGAGGAAGGACAUCCUGGGUGCGCUGGUCAUGCUCUACUACACCGUGGGCGUGGCCUGGCUCCUGCAGAACCGUGGCAGAGAGGCUUACUUCAACCUGCAGAAGGCAGAGAGAAACAUGAAGGAGCUGAGAGAAUUAUAUAAGGGAAGUGUUCGCAGAUUACAAGUCUCGGAGAAAGACCUGAUGAUCGCUUUGGGCAGAGCCUCCUUGGCCGUCCACAGAUUGAACCUUGCUCUGGCAUACUUUGAAAAGGCAAUUGGCAUUGUUAUUGCUGCCAAGGGUGACAGGGCAUCAGAUCUGGUCAGUCUGUACGAGGAGAUCGCACAUAUCGAGCAGCUGAGGAGGAACCAUGAUCAGGCCAUCCAGUACUUGCAGCAGGCCUAUUCUAUCUGUGUUUCUUUGUUCACUGAAGUCAGCCCCCAAACUGCAGAGGCAAGCGCAUUACUAGCCAAGGCUCAUGCCCUGUCUGGAGAAGCCCAACGCAGGGAUGCUGUUGAAACAUAUUUUAUAAAAAGUAUCAGUGCAUAUCAAGCAACAUUGGGCCCGACGGAUUAUGAAACACUGACAACCGUUGAAGAAUUCUGCAAAUGGCUUGUCCAAAAUGGGGAAAAACAGGAAGCUUACAGACUGCUCAAGGCCUCACUGAAGUCUCAGGUCAUCACCUAUGGUGACUAUAGUGAAAAAGUGGCUGAAACGUUUUACAACAUGGGCAGGAUCUGCUUUGCCAAAGGAGAGCUCAGGAAGGCGAUUCAGCUGCUAAGGAAGUGUCUGAUGAUUCAAAUCCUUUUAUAUGGAAGUGAGCACAGUAAAAGCAGAGACACAAAAGACCUCCUUACCCUGAUGCGGAGGGCAAGUAGCUGCUCAUCCAGGUGGAGAAGACAAAUCAUUCCAGGACGAAGGAACUGUAUAUGCAAAGGCACUGAGGUGUGACAGAGAACAGUGCAUCGAAGCAAUGGUCUUCUGUUAUCAGGAAAGAGAAAACCUCUAUACUGGAUAGCCAGCAAUAAAGCCAACUUUGUUGAUAACAGAAACUCUGGAUCACAAGAUAUAUCUAUCAACACUGAUAGCAAUGGCAGAGCAAAAGCAGAACUAAGAACUGUAGGGGGAAAGAAGGACGACUUAGCAGCAGCAUUGCAGGUUCAACUUUUAAAAUGUACUUCACAUCAAGCAGUUCAGAUCCUAAGUAACUGAAAUUAAACAGUGACUAAUAAACUGCUAAAAGCUAA